ACAGUGUGGGGUCCAAAAUUUUCGUGGGGACCCAAACCCUGGACCCCACGAAAAUUACUUCAAAUUCAGUGAAAAGAGGGUCAAAAUAAUGCCCUGUGAAAUUUUCAGAGUUUUUCCCACAAUGCACUUUUACCAACUUAGUGUGCUAAAGUGUGCUAAGACGAUCUCACUCAGUACCGGCCCCUGAUGGCAGAGGGUGGUACUACCUCUACACACACUUUACACACACUUGGCUUAAAUGCGCAUGUGCAAGCAGCUGACUUCAACGGAGGCUAACUCUUUGAUUAGCUAGCUGUUAAUACAAAGGUAAUUUAAAGGUAAUUGAAUUAAUUAACUGUAAAGACGGGGCUCAAUACUAUCAGCAAUGAAUAAUUGUUGAACAUAUAUAUAUUAAAUGCACUAUGUCCAUAAUAUUCACACAUAAGAUCCUAAACUUUUGAAGGGUUGCCAGUAAAUACAUUAAUUAGCAACAUUUUAUGUUUGUAUGUGUAGCACGGAGAUGCUAACGCUAAGCUAAAAAUAUAGCCAUGCUUAUGCUAACCUCACUGAUUAGCUGCUAUGAUAAACUAAGACAAGAUAAACUAGUGAUCACACAUAUUAAAAAUGAAACUGAGUUAAAAGUUAUCUUGUUAACCUAUAUCAAUAAAUACAAAUUGAUCAUCUAUUUCUGAAUAAAUAGCCUCGUUUGUAUUAAAAGACAGCUUGGGUUCACUUGAUACAAGUACAGUGACAUGCCUGGUGGGCGGACAUUGGAGUCUUAGGCAAUGAUCGCAUGACCACCCUUACAGGACGUGCUCACUAGACAAAACAAGCGCUCCCUUACUCAACACACGACGGAGCUACGGAGAGAGGAGCACUGGACUUGUGUGUUGUUUGAUGUCUGCACAUGGAAAUGAGAGCCUUAAUAAAACGGUAAGUUAUGCCUACAUUUAUCAAGAUUUCUUUUUGAGCAGAUUUUAUAUGGUUUAAGUGUUUUUUAAACACACUAAAUGUUAGCAUGUGGUUAAAAUCAGAGAAGAGUUUUUUUAAUUGAUAAAAAGGACACAUUCACCUGAACAUGAACCAGGUAACUUUGUUAAAUUUAACAUGAAAUCAAAUGUGAAUUAUUACAAUGCUUUUGCACAUUAUAAAGUUUUAAAGCAACAGGCUUUGUGUAUUGCUUCUCUUACUACCGUGGGAUGUUAUGCUAGGUUACUAAUUAAGCUAGUGUUAGCUAAUUGGCUCUGGUAGCUGUAGCAGCAACGUGCCCCACCUGAGUUUGAUCAGUAAUUGAAUCAAUAAACCACAUUACAGUGUGAUGAAUGUGACACAGUUUCAAGUUUAGCGUGCCAACUAUCCCCAGUAAAAAAGCCCAGCAUUGGGUGAUUGAGUGUUAAGUUCAAGCUGAAAGUCUGAUUCUGACCAGGAAGGACAUUUAAUGACACAUGGCAAUUUAAUGUUAAAUAGGGUUAUUUUUUCUGAAGGAUCUGUAAAUUUUCUUGGGCUGAAACUGAGAUAAGCCACUUAUUAUUGCUGAAAUGUACUCUCAAUGUUUCGAUGUAGUUGCCUACCAUAUAAAUAUUUUUAAUACAGUGUAUGCUUGAGUGGAGUAUCUGGUUACAUUAAAACGCCACUAUAUGUAAUUAUAGGAUCAUCAAUGGCUGCAGUGAGACCCAGGAAAUCUCCCAAAACGGAUGCAGUAGAACAUGCUGCCAAGGCCCUGGACAAGACAGCAGAGUUGGAAGUGAAAUACAUAAACUCUUUUAAAGGUCGAGGGGUGUUUGCCAAGGCACAUUUCCAUAAAGGAGACUUUGUGGUGGAGUACAGAGGAGAACUGAUAAAUUCAGAAGAAUCUCAACGGAGGAGGAGGACAUAUCAUGUUAGAUGUACGGUCUUCAUGUUUGACUUCCACUGGCAAGAAAGAACAUGGUGUAUUGAUGCAGGUCGAGAAGAUGGCAGUCUGGGAAGACUUGUCAAUGAUGACCACAACCAUCCAAACUGCAAGAUGAAGAAGGUCAUAUCAGAAGGCAAACCACACCUGUGUCUCUUUGCUCUGCGGGACAUUAAUGUUGGAGAAGAAAUAACCUAUGACUAUGGAGGAACUGACUGGCCUUGGAGGAGAAAGGUUGGAGGACCACUGACUGUCACUGAGUCUUCUGAUGCUGACAUAUCCAGAACCAAAGACCAGGAUCCUGAAAGAUCUUCUUGCUCCCAGAACCAGGUUGGAGGACCACUGACUGUCACUGAGUCUUCUGAUGCUGACAUAUCCAGAACCAAAGACCAGGAUCCUGACAGAUCUUCUUGCUCCCAGAACCAGGUUGGAGGACCACUGACUGUCACUGAGUCUUCUGAUGCUGACAUAUCCAGAACCAAAGACCAGGAUCCUGACAGAUCUUCUUGCUCCCAGAACCAGGUUGGAGGACCACUGACUGUCACUGAGUCUUCUGAUGCUGACAUAUCCAGAACCAAAGACCAGGAUCCUGACAGAUCUUCUUGCUCCCAGAACCAGGUUGGAGGACCACUGACUGUCACUGAGUCUUCUGAUGCUGACAUAUCCAGAACCAAAGACCAGGAUCCUGACAGAUCUUCUUGCUCCCAGAACCAGGUUGGAGGACCACUGACUGUCACUGAGUCUUCUGAUGCUGACAUAUCCAGAACCAAAGACCAGGAUCCUGAAAGAUCUUCUUGCUCCCAGAACCAGGUUGGAGGACCAUCAACUGUCACUGAGUCUUCUGAGGAUGAGCUCUCCACAACCACAGACCAGGAUUCUGAGAGAUCUUCUUGCUCCCAGAACCAGGGGUCAGAUGAACUAGGACUCAAUCCUCCAAAGAAUAAAGUUGGAAUGAAUCAGUCCUGCAUAAACUACAUGGAUUCUAAUGAAUCUCAUAGAUCAUCCUCAAGUCCUGCCAAUUUUGAUAAGAAGUCUGAGACUUGGAAUCUGAAUUCUGACUCUGAACUCAGCUUGUCUCAACAUGACGAAGAGUGUGUCCCAAGGCUGAGAAGGAACAAAAGCAUACAGAUGAAGACCCAGAUUCAUUCCGAUUCAGAUGAGCUUUUCAUCCUCACCUCAGCUGGUAGUGGAGAGGAAUAUAUCCCCAAGACUAGUGAGGAUUAUUCUGCUGGUACAGACACAAGUAAAGUUCUGGAGCCAGUUGAACAGAAAGAGAGCAUGCUCAGGCCCUUAAACUUUAGGACAAUGGAUGACAUCAGACAGAGAGGUGUCUCAUUGACAGAACUGAACAAUGGUUCUUCAAAGAAUGUGGUUGACAGAGGACGCUCACCCUCAAGAAAAGGAAGCAGCUCUGGAAUGAGACAUAAAAGACGACGUUUAAGCAGUGCACCCUGUCCUACAACACAAACCACUAGUGGUCAGUCCUCAAAACAAAGUGUAAGGGGAGACACUGGAACCCCUUUAGAAAACUCAACACCAGAUCUUGAGAAAAAUCAUGUUCAGGCUCUCUGUGCAUUUGCUGCACCUCCACCCCCUGGUGUCAAAGUAGAAUUUUGGAAGCUCUUAAGCAACAUGGUUCAAGAUGAAGCUUAUUUCGCAGUCAAAUCGGAUGUCUGUAUCAUGGAGUUUGGUGAGCAUCUAUACAACCGGCUUGGACAUGAUGUUGGCGAACACGAAUACAUUCGGCAAAAGUUGAGAGAGCUGGGAAGGCUUCUGGUAUGCUCUAGGAAAACCACUCCCUUGAAGACCAUUCAAGACCACAUCAAACCUGUAAAUUUCAUGCAUGUUGUGGAAGCAGUGAAACGCGUAGCUGGCUAUGACAGUGAAACCAAUGCAUACAAGCGCCCAAGUCUUGCUCUCAAAAUUGGAGACAGCUUGACAAAGAUUUCGCUUCUUGUUGAAAGACGUGCAAAUGUACAGAGUGACUAUAGUGCAGCAAAAGAUGCUCGUACAUUCCGCAGAGUAUAUGAAACCAGGUGGAAUGAACUGUUAUCAGCUGCGUCACUGAGAACACUUCAGGAAUCUACGUGGAAUGCCCCCCUGUUGCUACCAUUCACAAAAGAUGUCCAGACGCUCCAUUCUUAUCUAGAUGUGCAACAACAACAUAGUUACAGCAAGCUGUCCACAGAGACAUCUCCCCAGGCGUGGACACAGUUGGCAAAGGUCACUUUGACACAAGUCAUCUUGUUCAACCGACAAAGAGCAGGAGAGGUGUCAAAAAUGCCCCAUUCUGCGUAUUUGUCUCAAAAUCCAACAGACCCUGACGAAAAUGUGAACAUAGCCCUCUCAGAUCUAGAAAAGAAACUCUGUCAGCACUUCAGGAGGAUAGAGCUAAGAGGAAAAUGGGGAAGAAAAGUUCCUGUGCUUUUGACCCCAGCAAUGCAACAAGCAUUGGAUCUGCUUGUCAGCAAACGGGAGGAAUGUGGGGUUCCUCGGGAGAACAUCUACUUAUUUGCAAGACCAUCUGCUUUUACCUGCUACCGUGGGUCUGAUUGUCUUCGACACUUUGCGAAGGUCUGCGGUGCAAAGAGUCCUGAAUGUCUCACUUCUACAAAACUGCGCAAACAAACAGGAACUCUUUCUCAAGUUCUCAACUUCAGUAAUACAGAGCUGGAUCAGUUAGCUGAUUUCCUUGGCUGUGACAUAAUGGUGCAUCGACAGUUCUACAGACUUCCUGAGGGCACACUCCAACUUGCUAAAAUUAGCAAAGUUCUCAUGGCUCUGGAUCAGGGACGCCUAGCACAAUUCAAGGGCAAGAGUCUGAAUGACAUCAGCAUUGAUCCCGAUGAAAAUGUGUACAUGGACAGUGACACUGAGGUGGCAUGUGAGUUUGACUCACAAGAGACACAGGUAACAUUCAGUCAGAGGGAAGAGGACGAGAGCACAUCGCCAGAUGUGAGCCAGAGCGAUGCAAGAUCACAGCAGGGCCCAAUGACACCUCACCACCAGUCACCAAAAAGGAAAAGAGGUCGCCAGCCUUUCAAGAGAAAGAUGUGGGAGAAAGAGGAGAUCCUUGCUGUUGAGAAGCACAUGAUUUCCUUCAUUACUUCGUGUCGCCUCCCGGGGAAAAACGACUGUGAUAAGUGCCUUCAACAGGAAAAAGUAGCACUCAAAAACAGAAAUUGGUUGGCCAUAAAGUUCUACAUUAAGAAUCGAAUCACAGCUCUCAAGAAGACAUUUUAAAGUGGUCAUUUAAUGUAUGUUUACACCUGUUAUGCUUGUUGUGUCACGACAUGUAAGUUAUUCAUUACUUUAUCGUUUACUACACAACAUUUAGAGCUUGUUACUUCAAGGUGUAGAUAGAUAUAGAUAUAUACUGUUCAGUGUUUCUGUUUUUUAUUUUUGAUACUAAUAUGGAUACAUUUCUCUUACCUAAUCUCCUCUUAUCUUAAAAGAGCUGUUCUGAUCUUAUAUAUUUUAGCCAUAUCUCAUCUAAACUCACCUUGCCUUAUCUCCUCUAUUCUUAUUUAAUCAAAUUUAAUCUUUUGUAUUAUCAUCUCAUCUUCUCUCUUCUCAUCUCCUAUUUUAUCUCAUCUUUUCUCAUCAUAUCUCAUUGUCACAACCCAUCUCCACUUGUCUCAUGUCCCCCGUCUUAUGUCUUGCCAUUUCCCCUCUUUUACCUGAUCUAUCCUCACCUUAUGUUACCUCAUCUGAUCUUCACUCAUCUCAUCGCAGUUCAUUUUAUCUUAUCUAAUCUAAUCUCACUGUCAUUUCUCAUCUAAUUCUAACAAAUAUCCUCUCCUCUCCACUCUUAUCACAAUUUAUCUUUUGUUAAUCUCAGUUUAUUACAUUUGAUGUCAUCUACUCAGUUUAUCUCAUAGUUUAGGUUAUUACCUAUUUUCUUUUAUUUCAUUUUCUCCAAUUUAACUCAUGUCUUCUCAUUGUAUCCCUUAUUUUAAAGUUUAAAAAACAGGCAGUUCUGUUAACCUGUAAAGACUGUGUGCAACAGUUUAGUUUGCAGCAGUUUGUACUGGUACAAACACAAGGGCUGUAACUAUUAAGUUUAUAAUAGAUUAAUCUGAACAUAACAAUGUUCCAGAGUCCAAUGUGACCUCUUUAAUUUGCAAUAUUCUUUGUCAAACCAAAAGCCCAAACCUAUAUCACAGUGAUAUAAGGGUGUUAGUGACUAUUUGAAACUUUAGGUUGAUACUUUUGUGAUACGUUACUUACAGAAAUGUAAAAGAAAAACAUGUUUUGGUUCAUUCAAAAGUUUUGAAUGUUAAAAUUAUAUUAAAGUCUCUCAUUUGGA